AUGCCGCCGAAACGUAUGACAGCGAACCCAUUGGCACCUAUACGCUACCGUCCAGGCAAAGCCGUCGGUCAGGAAGAGUCGUCAUCAGAAGAGGAAGAAUCCGGCUCCGAAUCAGAGAGCGAGCAGCAACAGCAAAAGACGACAACUGCGCCGCCAAAGGCAACAUCGUUCCCUAAAUUCAAUUCGAACAUCAGCAAAGCCGAUCUUGAGCGACGGAGGCAGGAAGCGCAAGCUUUGCGCGCCCGCGAAGCCGAGUUAGCACAAAAAGCACAAGAGGGCUUUGAGACGGCUUCUGAGAGUGGAGAGUCUGGUAGCGAGGAAGGAUCAGAGUCGGAAGAUGAUGAAGAGGAGGAGGAAUCAGAAGAUGAAGCUCCGACUCGCAAAUUUGUGGCGCCAACUUUCGUCUCAAAAGCACAACGCAAGAACAUUGCCCCACCAAAGCCCGCUGAAGAGGAUGCUAUCGCCGAGGAAGAGCGCAGACGUCAAGAAAAGGCCGACGCUCUACUCCAAGCACAAAUAGAAAAAGAUGCGGCUGCGCGAGCGGCAGGACGCAGAGCAUGGGACGACGAAGAUCCAGACGCCAUAGAAGACGUCGACGACACCGACGGCCUAGAUCCAGAAGCUGAGCUCGCAGCCUGGAAACUACGUGAAUUGCGCCGCGUAAAACGAGAGCGCGAGGCCAUCGAAGAAGCUGAAAAGGAAAGAGAAGAAAUCGAACGACGACGCAACUUGACGGCCGAACAAAGAGAAGCCGAAGAUGCCGCUCACAUUGCUGCUCAGAAAGAAGAGAAGGAGGGCAGAGGUCAAGCAGGUUUCAUGCAAAAAUACCAUCACAAGGGUGCCUUUUUCCAGGACGACGAAGAGUUGGCAGAGAUCUCUAAACGCGAUAUUAUGGGCGCCAAAUUCCAGGACGAUUCUGGCAAUCGCGAAAUAUUGCCUCAAUACAUGCAAAUUCGCGACAUGACAAAAUUGGGCAGAAAGGGAAGAACGAAAUACAAGGAUCUCAAGGCGGAAGAUACUGGACGCUGGGGUGCCGAGGAGGACAGAAGAGGUGGAGGACCUGGCUACGGCGGUGACAGAUACAGAGACAAGGAAGGAGCGACCGGUGCGAAUGCAUCUGUCGUAGGCGAAAGGAGAAGGAGAGAUGAUGACCGUGGUGGACGCGAUGAGAAGAGACCGCGCUACGAUUGA